CACAGAGGCUGGAGCAGGCAAGGCGACUGUGCACAUACAUACACACACAUAGACACACGCACAUACACACACGCAGAUACAGAUCAUCCACUGCAGGAGCAACACGGGCAUGCCAAAAUAACAGCAAAAAAAAAAAAAAAAAAAAAAACGGAGACAAGCAGAAGAAGAGGAGGCCUGUUGCAGCUGCUAAGGAAUGUCCACCGUGCAGACCUGAGGUAGAAAAUGAAGCGCAAGAGCGAGAGGAGGCGAGCCGAGUCGAGGAAAAAGCGCUGUGCAGCCCAGCACAGCUCAGAGGCGGAGCCAAACUCUGAUGUUUACAUUGAGAUUGCAGACUUUACUCAGUAUGCGCAAGUCCUCUUGAAGAAAAACAGCCUUUCUCUGCAAAACGUCAUGUUCAAAACUGCGGGCAAGAUGACCGCGGACGAUGUUUCGUCCAGAUGUAUUGAGUUCAUCAAGGAUCAACUAUAUUUCGCCACACUUCAGCAAAAGAUCAAGAGCACAGCUGAACGACACUGCUUCUGCAUAGAUGAAGAGCUGGCCUAUGAAAACUUCUAUGCGGACUUUGGUCCCCUUAACCUGGCCAUGUUUUAUCGCUUCUGUUGCAAGCUGACAAAGAAGCUCAAGUCCAUUACACUUUCAAGGAAGAAGAUCAUAUUUUACACCUGUGGAGACCAGAAGAAACAAGCUAAUGCUGCCUAUUUAAUAGGCUCAUAUGCAGUAAUGCACCUUAACAUGAUGCCGGAGGAGGCCUACAGUCUGCUGGUGUCAAGGAAUGCAACAUAUAUUCCAUUCAGAGAUGCUUCGUUUGGAACCUGCAUGUACAAUCUCAAUAUCCUAGAUUGCCUCCGUGCCGUUCACAAGGCUCUGCAGUACGAUUGGCUCGACUUCUCCAACUUUGAUGUGGAAGAAUAUGAGCACUAUGAGAGAGCAGAAAACGGCGAUUUGAACUGGAUCAUUCCAGGAAAGUUCCUCGCAUUCAGUGGUCCUCACCCAAAAAGCAAAAUAGAGAAUGGCUACCCUCUGCAUGCUCCUGAGGCCUACAUCCCUUACUUCAGGAAACACAACAUCACUAGUGUCGUCCGACUCAACAAAAAGAUGUAUGAUGCCAGACGUUUCACAGAGUCGGGCUUUGAACAUCACGACCUAUUCUUUGUGGACGGGAGUACACCGAAUGACUCUAUCGUCAGAAAGUUUCUCAACAUCUGUGAGAAUGCAGAAGGAGCCAUCGCUGUCCACUGCAAAGCUGGUCUCGGGCGAACUGGCACUCUGAUUGGCUGCUACAUGAUGAAGCAUUACCGCCUGACUGCUGCAGAGGUGAUAGCCUGGAUACGGAUCUGCCGGCCUGGGUCCAUCAUUGGACCUCAGCAGAACUUUGUGGAAGAAAAGCAGAACAGUCUGUGGGCAGAGGGAGAUGUUUUCCGGGAGAAAAUGCUUAAUGAACGAGAGAAUGGUAAAAUGGCCGUAACCAGAAUCCUGUCUGGAGUUGAUGACAUAACCAUUAACGGGAGCAACAAGAACAGAGCAUCCAAGAAAGAAGAAAUGGAAAUGUAUAAUGAUGAGGAAGAGAGAAAUGGCCUCACGCAGGGCGAUAAACUGAGAGCCCUGAAGAGCAAGCGACAGUCCAGAUCAUCAUCAGGGUCGUUAUCGCAGGUGGUAGUGUUCUGCUGCAGCCUCAUGGGUACGGCGUGGCCUCUGUGUUGCCUGCCGUUGAAAAGAUAGCAGAGAGAGAGGCAGAGAAAGAGUUGGGGAGAGGAAAAAGAAUAAGAGAGGAUGUGAGGUUUUGUAUGAUGGAGGUAAGUGCACGCCACUUCCUUUCAAGCUGAUAUCCUCUUCCUGUAGAAACGGUUGCUAUGCCAGUGAAUGGUAUGGCUAACGGUAUGGCUGAUUUGAAAUUGUUCUUUUUUUUUUUUUUUUUCUUCUUAUUCCUCUUUCUUUCUUUGGAUGACUGUGGUGUGAAGUGGACAUGCAAUUAGUGGAUGCAUUACAUUUAAGCCCAUCAUUGUCUGCCUCUCAUAGACACACUGAGUUGUUCUGCUUUGAUAUGGAGGCUUAUCUGAGAUAUCCUCUAAAUUACAGUAAAGCUCUCAAGUUGAGCCUGCUGUACUUGCUUACAGCAGCACCAAUUAUUCAACUAAUCACAGUUUUGCUUAGGAUCUGGAUUAGUUGAAUUAAAUGUUUUAGUGCUUGGCUUGCACUAGUGACUUGGCACCACUCAAGAAAAAAAAAAAGUUUAAGCAAAGUAUUGACUCUGGGUCUUCGUUCUGAGCUGCAGUAGUUAUUGUUUAUUUAAGUAGCUAAUUUGUCUGAUCAGCCAUUUAAGCUCUAAGUGUAUUUGGAAAUUGUCAGUAGGACUUGGGUCUUAGCAUCAUUUCAUUAGACUGAGGUGUACUGUGAGUUCAUUAGAAACUUGAAGAUGGUAAAUUCCCCUGGAUCUGGGUUCUAAUAUACUGGAGUAACAUGUGUGAGCUUCACACAAGGUAGUGGGAUGAAAGGGGGUUCUUAUCUGUUCUCAGGAGGGAGACUUUGUUGCACUUUAGACCAUAUGCCUUAUCAAUGUACACGUUGCUACCAGGAUCCGAAAUUAACACCCACCCUGCAUCAAAUCAUGAGUAAAUAAAGGAAAGCUAUCUGCCACAGUAGGUGUACCAAAAUAGUCAUGUAAUAAAAUAUGUUGCAUAAUGGCGCGUAGAGAAUUACUCAUGUUUGUCCCUAAACAGUGUUGACCCAUAUUUGUUUUUUUAGCCGUGUCAUAAGGAGCACUCAAGACAGUCUGAGGCAAAGGAGUGCCAGUCACAGACCAUCUCAAGUGCUCCUAGUUUCACAGCAGUUUUUUUUAAUAAUAUGGGACAUCAACUACUCAACAUUGCAGCUCUAUGCUAAACUGUCACGUGCCGUCAGUCUGCUGCUAGUUCAAUUAGUUAUCAAUACUUUAUCAUCACAAUUAAAUAUGUAUAUGUGACACAAAAGGACAAUUUAUUAAUUUUCCUGGUAAAAAUAUGUUUGGCUGGUGGAUUUUUUUUUUUUCAUCUACUAGUCCACUUGGCAGGUGAGUCAAAGUUAAUUUCGGACACUGAUUGCUACGUAAACAUUAACUUGUAGCUGAACGUUCACUAUCUGCCUCCUCUGUUUGUCUUCUUAUGUAACACUGAAGUGCACGUUGAAUUUUCAGUGACGAUUAGAACGGCAAUUAUAUGAAAAGUGUUCUUCAUCUCUUCUGCCUUUUCCAUGCAUGGCAACAGGCAUGACACCCUUGGACAUGCACGCAUGGACAUGCGUCUGUGUUCGAUCUAUGUUUGUGUCUAACAUGUAAUAAAUGUUGGGCCGGGUUCACUGUCUAUUGCCUGUUGUUUUUCCAUUGCUUUUGUGACUGGAUCAGUGUUUAUGUUUCAUUUGAGCUUUGUUUAUUAGCUUUUCUUUGUUAAGUGGGCCAAUUUGUAGGAUCUGAUCAUUUAGAGACAUAUUUAUAUAUACUAAGUAUUAUAUAUUAUAUAUAUUGGCAGGCAGAUAUCAACUGGUAUUUAAUGAUCACAUAUAUCUAUUAGCACAUAUGUAUAUAGAGAUUAACAGCAUUUAAGUAUUGUUAAAAUGUUUUCUACAUGACAUAUUUUUCUCCUUUUGUUAACUGUAAAAUAGUCUCCCACCCAACAUGCUGUACAUGUCACAACUCACUGUCAGUUAUGUUUAUUUAAUAUAAAUUAUGGAAUAUCAGCCACUACAAAAUAAUUCUAAACCUAAAACAUCAACGUGUCAAAAUGUCCACAGCGGUCAGGUUUUAAGUAUGUGCUAACACAUCAGAGCAAGUGAAGAACAAAAACUUGCUGACAUGACUGUUGAAUGCAAGGCUCAAUGAAAGGCAUUUAAUCGAAUCCAGUCCCAGUGGAAAACCUGAACAUCAGAGGCUUUGUGUCCUGCCCGGACGUCUCUUGUCUCUCCUUCCUUUUUUUCCCCCUUUUUUUCCGUUUGCUCUUGUUGUUGGAUUUGUCCUCCUUUCAGAUGGCUGGUAGCCAUGCUGCUCUCCUCCCUGUGUAGCCUUGCCCUGUGGUGGAUUGUGUAUGGCUUCCCUUCUUCCAUCCUGCAUUUCUGUAUAGACGGGUUAGGAUUUCAAUGAGUUCUACCGCCCGUCAGCCCCCA